AUGGUGAGCAGAAGCACUGCGUGUGGAGCAUGCUGCAAGGCAAAAAAGAAUGUUUGGAGUUCUGCUUGGCUGCCAAGUGUUGCGGACGGUAGUAACGACGACGACGUUCCGGGGGCACGUUCGGUUUAUUUCUCAAACCUCGGGUUGGGUGGUUUGUUCAUUUUUAAGGAGGACAGCGAUGACGACGACGAUGACGACGAUCAUGACGGUGGCGACAGCGACUGCGACCGGGUAUCGCCGUCGCUGUCAUUGUUUACGGACAAACCGACCGUUUGCACAGCUGCGUCUAGAGCCAGUUUUUGUGGCGGAGUCCUGCCUCGAGGCCUCGUCUACUACGCGCCGUGA